UAUAAAAUACUAUUGAUAUUUUCUAGAAACGACUACAAAAAGAACUGUUGGCUUUGCAAAAUGACCCACCUCCUGGGAUGACGUUAAAUGAAAAGAGCGUUCAGAAUUCAAUUACACAGUGGAUCGUAGACAUGGAAGGUGCACCAGGUACCUUAUAUGAAGGAGAAAAGUUUCAACUUCUGUUUAAGUUUAGUAGUCGAUAUCCUUUUGACUCUCCUCAGGUCAUGUUUACUGGUGAAAAUAUUCCCGUCCAUCCUCAUGUGUAUAGCAAUGGUCAUAUCUGUUUAUCCAUUCUAACAGAAGACUGGUCCCCAGCGCUCUCAGUCCAGUCAGUCUGUCUUAGCAUUAUUAGCAUGCUUUCCAGCUGCAAAGAAAAGAGACGACCGCCAGAUAAUUCCUUUUAUGUGCGAACAUGUAACAAGAAUCCAAAGAAAACAAAAUGGUGGUAUCAUGAUGAUACUUGUUGAUGCCACUGUUAUCAUCCUCGUAGCAGAAGAUAGUCCUACUGAGAAAAUGAGCACUUUGAUCAUUCAGUCUUUGAACUUUAACCUUUGACUGGAAGUGACCUAUAGGCAAUGAAGACUACUUCCUUUUACUGCAUUUUUACUCGUGUGCAUUCUGGGCGCAUGUUGAUCGCUGGCGCAGUCCAGGCAACUGACAUGCUUUAUUAGUCAUACAGUAUUAAUGCAGGUGUCAGGAAAUGUCAAAUAUAAUUCCAUUUUUUAUUUUUAUUUUUUUAAGCUUUUGGAAAAGUUCCAGGUCCUCAUGUAUUGUGCAAUAACAGUGACUUCCUCGGUGGUCUGGGGACGUUCAUUGCCGGCAAUGGACGUUGUAACAGGAAGAAUUUUCUUAACUCCUGCCACUUGGUGAUUAAUGCAUGAUAGGGCCUAUGAAAUGAAUUUAUCGGUUAUCGUGGGAUUUAUAAAGAAAGUGAGGGAUCCAACAUUACAUUGAAAGUCACCCCAACUGUUUAUAUUUGGAUUCUAUGCACUGUGAUCCUAAGGCUAACAGCAUGAAAUAACAUGCAUCUUUAAAGGACCGUAAGAAAGAUCAUUGUGUAUUUAUUUAAUUGUUUAUCUGCUGUCAAAUUGUUUUGACAUGGAAAGUUUUCAAGGAACAUUGGCAGAGAGGUACAAUAUGUUAUCCCUGUGGUGAAAAUAAAUUCAUUUGUUGUAUAUAGUCCUCAAUCUCUGAAGUGAAGGUGUGAAUAAUAUAGGGUAUGAAUGGUUUAACCAAGGCUUUAUUUUGGAAGUAAAAAAUGGCAGUGAUGCUUAAAUUACUGCCACCCAUCAUCUGGGCCUGUCCCCCCCACCCAAGUAUAUUAUACUCUGUCAUUUCCUGCUAGCCAUCAGCAUGAGCCCUACUGCCUAGACACUAUUUCAUUUAUUUAUGUUUGGAAAUCCAUAAACAUUUUUGUUUGUAAUCUUGUUUCUUUUGUUACAUUUUAAGUUGUUUGAAUGUUACGAUACUUUAAUUGAAAAACUUUUGUCAAGUUUUUUUCUUGUAAAUUUUCUUUACUUGUAUCAUCUUGUCCUUUAAUCCUGUACCCUAAAAUGAGAAAUACAUUUUUGACAGAGGCUUAAUGUUUUAACAAAAGAGUGUGGACAUUUUUAUUUUAAGAUUUUGACAAAAGAACACCAUAAAAUGAUAUGUUUGCUUAUUUGUCUCACACAACCAUACAGGUUUUCUUGGAAGAAUUUGUUUUAUUUGUUGAAAAGAUUUUGCUUACCGCUAGAUGAAGUUUUUCUAUCUGUCUGUCUGUAUCUGUCUUAUCUAUCUAUCUAUAUCUAAUCUAUAAAAUGGUUGUUGGAAAGAUUCCAUUCUAAGUACCAUGUACCAUGUAAGUUAAUGAUGCUACUAGGUCUUUUUAAGAAGCAAUUAAUGUAUUUUAUAAAUUACCUUUUCACAUAUGCAAGCUCUGUUUCUAUGACAAUGUCAUUUUUACUAAUGCCUUACUGUUGCACUCUUUGAAUAUCCUGCAGUGAAUCUAUACAUCGAUUGGGGCUUAAAAGCUAAAGCCAGUUGGCCGAAAGGUCUGACAUAUGUACCCCUAAAAUCAUCCAGUUGAUGAUUGGGAAAGAAUAUUUUAGAAAUUGUUUUUAAUCUCUGUGUAGACGACAUUUUGUAGCUUUGUACAUGUUGUUAAUUAAGGGCAUAUAAUUUUACACUCUAAAAGAUAACUGCUGAACUCAGGGGUGGGUAGACUUCAAAAAUAUGUCUGCUGUAGAAAUAACUUGAAAAAAUAAUUAAAACUAUGGCCAGCCACCAAAUUGUGGACCCUGUUUAUACUGCUAGGUAGCAAUGGUCAUUUGUAAAGAUUGUGAUCAUUUCCUUCUGUCUUGACUGGAUGUGCAUAAGUUCUCACAGUGAUCAUUGUUAGUUUUGUUAGUUGGCCUAUUUAAGACAAAAAAAUCUUUAAAUUCUUUGUUUUCCACUGCUUUUCGUAUGGAAUUACAGCUCUAAAUUAGGUGUUCCUAUGUUUUAUGUUGCUGCUCUAAAAUACUAAAUAGCUUGUGUUUUUUUUUUCAGGGUAGGGUGGGGCAACACGGGGAGCUCUUCUGCUUCGUGGUCCUCUUACUAAGAUCCUUCCGUGGGAAGUGACCUGUGAUGUUUAUUUACCAAAGGAAUCGAUACACCAGGCCAGGCAUUAGUAGUGCUGUAGUGUCAAGUGCCAGCUCCAGUUGUCUUUACAACAGUGUUUUAAUAUACCUCUGUAUGUACAGAUGCUAGAACACAGAUUCAGUGUUUUAAUAUACCUCUGUAUGUACAGAUGCUAGAACACAGAUUCAGAGAGAUGGACGGAAAGAGUGAAAACCAUACAAUUUUAGUUCACUUUUGGUUCCAGGUGAAGAAACGAAGAAUAUAUAUCUAAAAUAUAGGAACAUCAACUAUUAAUAAAUAAUAAUCACACUAACACUACUCCCUUGAAUUUAGGAGUAAUUGAAAAUUCUUUUACAUUAUUAAAGAUGUAAGAUGUGUAUCUGGGUCAUUGUUCAGGUUAGGGAAAAUUGUGGCUUCAAUAAAACAAAUAUUUUGCUGUAACAUUAUUGAAAGAUAACCAGGAUUACAAGAAAUUUAUAUGAGGUGCACUGAGCUCAUCUCCUUCUCCCUGCAUUCCCGCCAUUAAGUACUAACCUGCAACAUUGUAUUUUACACUUAAAGGCUGUGUCUGUCUGUCUGUCUCUCACGCAUUUUAAACAUAUGCGAUACACGCAGCUCCUUGUUUCUGCAGUUAUGAACUUGGUGCCCUUAUGAAUACAGACGAAUGCUGUAGGUUUUAUGGAGAAAAGUUAUUUUCAGUUUUGUGGGAAAAUUUUGUAAAGAUGGAUUUUGUUGUUCUCUUCAGGAGUCAAUAUUUACUUCUAAAAACAUAUAAUGUGAAUUAUUCGUAUAGCCAGUGGGGAAGAGCAUUUUUACGCCCUGGGAGAAGGGCUGGCACUUGUUUGUGGCCAGCAGUCCAGCGGGAGAAGGGCGCUAAUCCUUGUUACUUCCAGUGAGUGUAUAGAAGUAACUAGGUGGUUUACCGUUUUCUCCUUCUGACUUUAAAUAUAUGCAAACACACACACACAUAUCAUUAGUUACCUGCAAUGGUUAGUAAUUUCUUGGGAUUCUAAAACAGAUACCUAGUGACUGGUUUGUUCCAUUAAAGUAAUAGAAAUGAUGAGUGAUACAAAAAAUGGCAUGUAAGUAAGUUAUUUCUGGUAAUGAAAUCUUUUUAAAACCCUAUUGUUUUUGAGAAUUGCAAUAUUUAAAACUUGUUAAAACUUCCUAGAAGUAGAGUAGAAGAGGAGGCACUGUGUAUUCAAAGGUUGGUUUUCUCUUUUUGUAAAAUAAAAAAUUCAGUAUCACUAGGUCUUACCGUUCAUACUGCUGCUUAUAUUUUUCAUUUUUAUUAGUUUUUUAUGUAUCUUAGUUGAAAGCUUAACGUUUAUAAUUAUGUUUAAUUGAAUUUGCAUGUAAAUUGGUUUUCAAAAAGUACCUUUCUGAAGAUUCAUUUUUAGUCUGUAGAACUGAGAGUGUCACUCAGUGGCAGCUGCCCUGGAGAGGCCCUGAGCUCCAUUUGCACCAUGACAGAGCCUGGCAGUCAGCCCCAGAGCCCAGGAGUCAGCCCCAGAGCCCAGCAGUCAGCCCCAGAGCCCGGCAGUCAGCCCCAGAGACCAGCAGUCAGCCCCAGAGACCAGCAGUCAGCCCCAGAGACCGGCAGUCAGCCCCAGAGCCCAGCAGUCAGCCCCGGAGCCCGGCAGUCAGCUCCCCCCUCCCUAGUUGUGUGUUGUGCCGGGAUCUCUAAGACUUGGCAUAGUUGCGAUCUCUGAAGGUGUCUGUUGCAGCAGCUGCUCCAGCCCUUGUUUUCCUUCUGAGGACUCCCUUUCUGCCACCCUCUUACCCCCUCUGCUCACAGAUGCUCAGUGUCUUCCACAGUUUACUUUUCUGACUUUGAAGUUAGGUUUUGGUUUUUUCUUUUAACUUAGGGAAUCUAGGAUGGAAUAUUGUUAAAAUUAAAUCUGGAAAUUUUAAGAAAAACUACUUUCUAUAAAUAACAUUAUUAUAUUUGGUACCUAACUUCAUUUCAUCAGCAGGUUGUUAAAUAUAUUAGGUAAUUGACAGAAAUAAGCUGUGAGCUGUGGUUGAAUUUCUCAAUAGUGACACAGAGGGUUUCUACUUGUUUCUUUUUAGAUAGGGACUCUCCCAGAGUCUACUGUUUCUCACAUUAAUUGAGUUGUUUUUACAUUUAAAUAUGGUGUUAUUUUCCUGAAAUUAUUUAUGGGUGACUUUUUUCCCAGCAUAAAUUAUUCAUUAACUCCAAAGACAGGAUUUUAGGCAUCAUUCUCUUUAGAGGCACAGAGAAUCUGAAUUUUUCAGACUUAGCUCUCUGUGCUAGUGCAUUGAUCUGGUAAGUGAGGUAAUGGUUGUUAUUCCAGUUCCCAGAGUUGUUGAUACUUAACAUUUGGUUUUUUUGUCUAUGAGUGAUUAUAAGAUUGUCCUAAAAACUUCUGUCAGUUAAGUUGCAUUGUGCUACUUUGAUUGUGUGAAAGGAAGGCGUGGAUGGACUCAAGUCUCCCCACCCCUGGAAUCUCUGGUGCGCGUGGGAAGAGCUGGCGGUGACAGAGACUGAGUUCUUGCUCUCUUGGCACGCGCACCGCCUGGGUUUUCAGGACUAGCUGAUGCAAUCAUGUAGAUUGUUUUCUCAAAGAGAAAGCAUACUAAAAACUCUUUCUGGACUUUGUGUGACGCGUAACUUGUCACAGUCCCUGUUUGUAGAAAGACUGAAAACGUCCACUGUCUUAAAGCUUGAAAGAGAACUCUGAAAGCAUUGUGAGACUUUUACCAGAUGCCAUGAAGAUGCAAGUCUCUUCAUAAUAACAGCAAAUCCAAAUAAAUGCAAAUUGUCAGGCACACAGUAAAGAACUAUUUGAGUGGAACUAAUUACCUAGUAGUCAAGAAUUAAGUACAUGUUCAGGUCAAAUUGAAUUUGUUCAUGUUGUUGCUGCCAUAAUUUGGUUCACAGUAUAGAUUGUGCAUUUGAUUAGGAAUGGAAGCUCAUGCUUGAGGAUUUGAAUUGGGCGGGUAUAUAUAUUUUAUAACUCAAAUUGCAAAAAUAUGUAAAGUAACUACUUUUAAAUAGAAUGUAAAUAUUAAGAUUUGUUAUAUAUUUUUCAAUACAUGUACCAACCUUUUGUUAGUUGAACAUAGGUUACUUUGUGUGCUUUAUGGAACUUAGUAACUUUUAACAAUAAAGGUGUUGUCAUUUGCUCUCCCCA